GUUUUGCCAGAUUUAAUGCUCCAUCCUGUCUCUUUUUGAGCUGAUCUCGCUUCCUGCCGCGGGGGGCGCUGUCGGCUACGGGGGUCUGCAGAGCUGCGCAGAGUUGCCCAUAGCAACGACUGACACCAUCAGCGAGCCCUCGCGCUGCAGCCGCGGACCUGUAACUGAGAUUUAUCUGAUUUAAGUGUAGAAAUCUGCAGUAAAUCGGCAUUUAUCCGAGCGGGAUUUGACACUGAAGGGGCGGGUUUACUGAGUACAAAUGUAGAUUCGUUAGCUCGCUAAUUUACUGCCUUAAUAAAUGUUAGCAUGUCAGCUAACAUCAGCGGCUAAACAUAGUUGGAGACAGCUAGCGUUAGCUAACUAUUCCUUCACUGAGGCUAAACUAGAGCAAGUUUAGUUCAAUGUCGUCUAUAAGCAGCCUGGUCCCAUCUCGUUUCCUCACUCUCAUCGCUCACCUGGUCAUAGUUAUCACCAUCUUCUGGUCACGGGAGAACAAUGUAAGAGCUUGUCUGCCACUAGAAUAUACUAAUGAAGAAUAUAAUCAGGAAGACACACGGUUGGUGGUGGCAUUAUCUGUAACUCUGGGUCUGUUUUCUGUUGAACUUGCUGGGUUCUUCUCAGGAAUAUCCAUGUUCAACAACAAUCAAAGCCUUUUAUCCACAGCAUGCCAUGCAAGUGGCUCCGUUGCUCUGCUUUUCUUCCUGUUUGAGCAGUGGACCUGCAGCAUCUACUGGUGGAUCUUUGGUUUCUGUAGUGUCAUUCCAGCACUGCAUGAGAUGUUCCUCCUCUUUACAGUCCUUGGAUUAAAGAAGAAACCACUAUGAAUGCUCCAGUAUUUGCAUGUAUAAUAAGUUCUCCUUCAUGGUAUAACGGAGAAGAUUUGGUUGCCAAGCAACAGAAACAUUGGUGGUCUAUCUACAUAAAAGGAAAUACUACUAAUAUUAUAACAAUUGAGUCUAUAUUAUCAUUAUUAUUUUUUCCCUUAGUUCUGAUCAAAAAGGACAUACUAAGUGGAAGUCAAGUAGAGAAAACUCUUGACUUUUAUGUUUUGUGCUGUUAUUUUGUGUUAUUACUAGUUUUACAUUGAAUAUUAUAAUAAAAUAUUUUGUAACUGA